AUGGCGGUGUGGUCGUAUCCACCGACGCCCAAGCAGCUGGCGGUGACGGCGUGCUGUUUCGUGACGGGGGUGGCGCUGUUCGCCGUCGGAGCUCAUCUUUCACUGGCCAACGUGGGCCCACAACAGGACCGGGUCAAGGCUCGCAGGAAUUUCGUCAAGGACCGACUAAGAAAGCUCCUGGAUGAUUAA